AGUCAGGGCGCUGCCUCCUGGUUAGGUUGUCAUAGUAAGCGUAUAUAGAGUUUAGCACGAAAGCGGUAACCAGUCACAUUUCUUGCUACACACAGAGCUGUGUGGAUUGCAGUUGGUCUGAGCCAAGUCAUUUUCACCCAGUUGCAGCUGCACGUCUUUGAGGCGUGACUCUAGAAGAGGCUACUAGGCGCUGUCUGCCUGGGCAAGCAGCAGUCGCUAGGUACCGGUACUAACAAUGCCCAAGCGCACAACUCUUACGUUUACUAGCGAGGACGGCCCUCGCGUCGACACAACUAAGCUUUUUAUCUACCAUUGUAAAUACUCUGGUCGCCACGCUUUCACGAUAGAUGUCGACCUUAGAAAGCUGCCGCGGCGUCGGACGGAUGGGGCAUACGUAAUCGACACCAACGAGCACACAAUAAAGCUCUACACCAGCGAUGGCGGCGUCAAAUACAUCCGAAGGCAAAACGGCACCGUGGAGAAGCAGUACCGCCUGAACCUGGGUCAGCUGCCCAUUGCCUACAAAAGCGAGCUGGACUCCCCGCUGCUAUACAUCAUGGACGGAACGGUCACCACCUACAGCAACCAAAACGCACGCCGCGCGGGCCGGCUGCUGGUCCCGCCCUGCAUCAGCCGCUCCGAGCGCAGCGGGCUGGUUGAGAUGCGGCUGGAGCUGGAGGACCGGUCGCACCGCUGCACGCUGUCGCGCGUGACGGCGGAUGUGGUGCGGGUGCACGUGACGGGGCUGAUGGGCAGUGAUGCGGUGCACGAGGAGCUGUUCGACCUGUUCGCAAAGGUCCUGAACGUGCGGCUGUCGCAGCUGGACCUGCGCCGCGCCAAGAGCUCCCGCAACCGCAUUAUGACCGUGGAGUCGCUCUCGCCGGAGCAGGUGUACGAGCGGUUACGAGAGGCGCUGAAGAAGCAGUCCAUGGAGCGGGCGGAGAAGCGGCAGCGACGACACAUGUGAGAGCGGCGGCAUCAGCGCAGCGGUUCCCCGCAUCCCUCUUCGGCUUGUGAGGCAGCUUGCGAGGGGUUCAGUGCCUUCUGCCCUGACACUAGUAGGGGUCACCUGCUAGCGGCACACCUUGCGGCGUGCUGUGCUGGGGUGGUAAUUGGUUCAUGGAGAGGUGGUUACAUACGGGGGGAUUGCGUGUUAUGCGAAGCGGCGGGAGCGUGGCAUGCCAGGCGGUUAGAAAGGCAACAUGUGUUGUAGGAAAUGGCGGGUUGGUGCUCUAAGAGGGUAUGAGGGAUUGUUUGUAGCAGUAGGUGUAUACAGGGGGUGUACAGGCGUGGAAUGGUGCGAUGCGACAAGGAGACUGAAUCUUCAACGGUUCCUAUCGGCAGCUGUAGACCCUUGACAGGUUCAGUGGUGAUGGGGGUUGUGCCAUGUAGCUGGUGGCACACAGAUGCUCAGCAUGAUACCACUCUCUGGCACCCAACUGCCCUUACAUCGCAUGCUGUUGUGUAUAUGCGUGCAUGCAGAUGUGUUAAAUUGCACUGCACUGUAUGCCUGCAGAGUAUCUUGUUGUAGCAUAUGAACAUGUCUUCUAUUCAACCUUCAUACCUGUCUGUGUCAGCCUUCCAUCCAACCGUACAAAUCCGGCGCCGCACAUCACUCGCAAGUGAAAGCCCUUCACAUCCAUGCAAAAUGAGCUUAGCUACGCACGACAUUUCUCCCACACAUUUAAAGCAUGUUGCGGCUUUCAACCAACAAACAAACCGCAGACAACGUAUAUGCUGUCUCAAGAGCAACGACAGUUCAAACGCCUUGUAGCUGUUGCAAUAAAGAUAUAUGGGUCAUGAUAGUACAAUACAUGGGAGAGAUGUAACACGAGCCGUACGUGCGGGGGGAUUUAACGGGUAGGUGCCAUCAUGCCACACGGGGGCUAAAUACCACAACACUUGGCUCGCGUUACCAUCCAUCUCGGCCCCUCUCUAACAACGAGAAUCGUUCCUUACAGAGCAAACCGCUGCCGCUACUCCUCACGUCCUCCAGGACGUGCCGCGGAAUGAAAGGAGAAACGAAAGCAAGCACACACGCGAAUGGUACACGCCUGCACACACCAACAACACAAGUACACAACACACGCUAAGCAGCUCUUACUACAGGCUUUUCCGUCUUUUUUUCUCUUCGGGGAUGCAGCCUUCUCCCUUAUCACCUUCUCCUCACCCUCCAACUUCCACUGCCCUCACCUCUUGUCUUUCUUCUUCCUCUCAACUCCUCAAAAUCCUCGCACGA